GCCUUCUUGUCCGGUUGUCCCCCAACCCUGCAGCCGCCGCUCGCUCGCUUCUCGGGAGGUCGUCGUCCGCCGCUCGUCUUCGUCCCGCACGGCCGCCAGGAGAGCAGCGACUUCGACAGCAACCACACCAGCAACCUAAGAGGUUGAGUAGGUGGGUUCUGAUUCUGGGAUUCUUGGCUCUUGCAUUGAGGCGACAGCCUAAACCAAUCGACAACCAUGCAGGCAAGCGAUAGGUUCAACAUAAACUCUCAGCUUGAGCAUCUUCAAGCCAAAUAUGUUGGUACAGGGCAUGCGGACUUGACCAGAUUUGAAUGGGCUGUAAACAUCCAGAGGGACAGCUAUGCCUCUUAUAUUGGGCACUAUCCAAUGUUGGCAUAUUUUGCUAUUGCUGAAAAUGAAUCAAUUGGAAGAGAGCGUUACAAUUUUAUGCAGAAAAUGUUGCUUCCAUGUGGCCUCCCUCCUGAGAGAGACGAAGACUGAGGACCUUCUGCAUGAUCCUAGUGCAUUGCUACGAUAGCUUAUGUUUAGCUCCGGUCUGCUACCGAAGGGACGCACUAGAUUGGCCACCCUAGUAUCAUCUGUGGCUAUGUUCGAAACUUUGAAUUCCCUUGUCAUGAGAAAAGGCUGCUUGUACGCUUUUGGCUUGUCCUACAUGGAUCUUCAUCACGAAUCCCAUUUUUCAGAAUAUUUAUGCAUUGUUAACAACCGGUUGCUGCUAUA